CUAGCUUCUAAACUAUCUUCUAACAUGGCAGGUUCGCAAAGAUUUAUUCACUUUAAUCCCGCUGUGAUUAAGCAGAGUGACACCUGAAUGCUGAUCUCUUUAUGAUGCUCAGAUACAGGCUCCUGUUACUGCGAAGAUCACGUACAAUACACAUCACUGUUUGCCAGUAAAAGAGAAACAAUAUAAGAAUAUCUGAGCAAUUUAGUUUCUGAACAAGACAAUGUCUGACAAGACCGAGAACCAAACCUUAGACCUUCCUGAUGCACACAGAGGGCGUCUAGAGGAAAACCCGGGCACUGGGCUAGUAAAUGUGAAGGAAGAGGAUGAGACAGAUGACAUGAAUAGUCAUCAAACUGAAAUACAUUGGUCCCUCCCUGCCGAUGAAGAUUACGCUGAUAUAGUGAAAGUUGAGAUAACAGACGAUCUAUUGUUUGUGCGGCAUCAGCUGGGAGCACCAGAUGUGGAAACCAGUGACCAUAUCAGUCCAGCUCUUAUGGAUAUGACUCCUUCAGAGGGAUUAGCGGUUGAAUACAACGGAGAAGCGUAUGUUUUUGAUUACGUGAAGACUGAGGAGGAUGAAGUUCCUAUAAAUACGUCUACAGGUGGAUUUACAAAGUGCAGUAGUCCUAGCUAUGAUGAAAAUACAGAUACUUGUUUUAAUCUUGUUCAAAAUCGAAACGUGGAAAAUGUGUGUUCUGAAUAUGGGAAUUUGUUUACCAGGAAAUCAAAUCUUAUUACACAUCAGAAAAGUCAUACUUUAGAGAAAGUAUUUUCAUGUUCUGAAUGUGGGAAAUGUUUUGCUGUGAAAUCAAGACUUAUUAGACAUCAUAAAAUUCAUACAGGAGUGAAAGAAUUUUCAUGUUCUGAAUGUGGCAAAUGUUUUACUUGGAAAUCAAAUCUUAUUACACAUCUGAAUAUUCAUACAGGAGUUAAAGCAUUUUCAUGUUCUGAAUGUGGGAAGUGUUUUAUUAUGAAAUCAGAUCUUACUAAACAUCAGAAAAUUCAUACAGGAGAGAAUGCAUUUUCUUGCUCUAAAUGUGGGAAGUGUUUUUCUCGGAAACAAAGACUUAUUAGACAUCUGAAAAUUCAUACAGGAGAGAGAGCAUUUUCAUGUUCUGAAUGUUGGAAGUGUUUUACUGAGAAAUCACAUCUUAUUAACCAUCAGAAAAUUCAUACAGGAGAGAAACCAUUUACAUGUUCUGAAUGUGGGAAGGGUUUUAUUAAGAAAUCACAUCUGAUUAGGCAUCAGAAAAUUCAUACAGGAGAGAAAACUUUUUUAUGUUCUGAAUGUGGGAAGUGUUUUGCUCAGAAAUCACAUCUGAUUAGGCAUCAGAAAAAUCAUACUGGUGAGAAAGCAUUUUCAUGUUCGGAAUGUGGGAAGUGUUUUAUUGACAAAUCAACUCUUACUAAACAUCAGAAAAUUCAUAUAGGAGAAAAAGCAUUUUCAUGUUCUGACUGUGGGAAAUGUUAUACUGAGAAAUCAACUCUUAUUACACAUGGGAAUAUGCAUACAGGAAAGAAAGCAUUUACAUGUUCUGACUGCGGGAAAGGUUAUACUCAGAAAUCACAUCUUAUUAGGCAUCAGAAAACACAUACAGGAGAGAAAGCAUUUUCAUGUUCUGAAUGUGGGAAGUGUUUUUCUCAAAAAUGCAGUCUUAUUAUGCAUCAGAAAAUUCAUACAGGUGAGAAAGCGUUUUCAUGUUCUGAAUGUGGGAAGUGUUUUACUGAGAAAUCAACUCUUACUAGACAUCAGAAAAUUCAUACAGGAGAGAAAGCAUUUUCAUAUUCUGAAUGUGGGCAGUGUUUUGCUCUGAAAUCAAAUUUUAUUAGCCAUCAGAACAUUCAUACAGGAGAAAAAGCAUGUUCAUGUCCUGAAUGUGGAAAAUAUUUUACCAGCAAAGGAAAUGAUGUAACUCAUCAAAGACUUCAUACAGGAGAGAAAGAAUUUCCAUGUUCUGAAUGAGGCAAUAUUUUUGUUCAGAAGUUGCAUACAACUUAUUGUGCAUCAGAAAAUUCAUUUGGGAGGGAAAGCACUCUCAUGUUUUGUACAGGGCGAACCCCUACAUUAACAUCAAAAGUAAAAGAGCCUUCCAAAAGCCCUCGUCUUCUUUAGGAUAGCCCCCCUAGCUUCAUUAAAUGCAUUGUGCUGAAAUAUAACAAAAAACUAUAUAUAUUAUUUUACUUUUGAUUUUCUGUUAUAAAAAAUUCUAAAAAAUA